AUGGACCUGGAGAGGAUCAAGCAGAAUCUACGCAUCCGGGCAGGGAGGGCAAAGAAGCCACGAAAAGGUGCAGCAGAAAGGACUUCUGUCGCCCCAGCAGAGGCUUCCAAGGCCGAGCAACCUGUGAUGAAAGCUAAUGACACUGUUCAAUCGCCGCGAGUCUCCAGCAAGCAAGCAUCUCCUCCUUCCAAGGUGGAAAUGCCGUCUCGCGCUCGGGGCGUUUUCAACCCCCUUCCUGCUGUUGAAUCAGCAAACAUCUCGAAGCCUAGACCAGGACUCCCACACGCUACAACAGGCUCCAGUAUCAAGCUAACACUCCCGGAGCAUUUGCCUCGAUAUGGACGAUCAGGUAUUGAAAAGCCGCAACGAGGCCCUCCCUCUAAGGGACAACCCAUCAGGCGGACACUGUCGGACAGUGACACGAAAACUGGCUUGGGCAGUGAUUCAUCGGAUGUGCUUGAUUUUGACCUGAGGCCUCCUCCCCCCAGGCUCAAGCCACCGUCUGUCGAGUCCUUGAGCGAGUUGUUGUUUUCGGCACGCCAUCUCAAUGUCCUCGUCUACAAGCCUCAGUACCUAGCCGCUUUCACUGCCUUCAUACAACGUUACCGCCCUCAAUAUCACGACGUCCUCCUCGGGUAUCUCGAAUCGCAAAAGGCUAUAAAGGCAGUCGAGUACGCAAACGCCGUUGCGCAAAGCAUUUCUUCCGAAGCCACCACAGCGAUUCAGCCGAUGCAGGCGGCGUCAUUAGACAAAGUUUUCGAGGAAUGGAACAAGUCUUGUUUCCACACAUUGAUCGACACGGCACUUCCAAUGUACAUCACAUACAAUUUGGUCAAUGUGGUGACAGAAUGCCUCAUCAACGAGAUCACGGGUCGACAAACGCCGCUGACGAGAGACCUGAUAGGGGGCUUAUCGGAGGUAUUUUGCUUGACAGACCCUAGUCAGCAGGAUAACCCUAUAAUCUAUGCGAGUGAAGAGUUUUUCCGGCUUACCGGGUACGGCGUGGACGACGUUAUAGGACAUAACUGUCGAUUCUUACAAGGCGUCAAAACCAAUAGGGCAUCAGUUUCACGACUUCGAGGUCACGUCGAGAGAGGAGAAGAAACCUGCGAAACACUGCUCAACUACCGCAGGGAUGGCCGGGCGUUUGUAAAUUUACUAAUGACAGCGCCUUUACAUGAUGAUCAAGGCAAUGUUAAAUACAACAUUGGCGCUCAAGUUGAUGUAACUGGAUUGAUUGAACGGGGAAAGGGAUUAGAGAGCUUUGGGUCCUUGCUGAUUAAUCGAGGACUGGGACGCCCAGCACACAAGGUUGACGGCAACGCCUCUCAUGUGGUUGAGCAAGCGCCCAAGAAGGCACAUGCAUUGGGGAAGCUGAGAGAGCUGAGUGAAAUGUUUGAUCUUGAGGAGUCAGCUGCCGUGAAAUCGCACGGUAGAUCCUCGCCAAGGUCCACUGACGAUGACGAGCAGAGCAUGGUCAGCAGAACCCGACGCAUCUAUGGAGAUUACUCCUCUUCAGAAGAUCGCGACGAGGAAUCAGGCGACGAUGAAGAUACGACAUGGAAGUUGGCAGAGUCCGGUCGAUCUGGCUUGUCUGGAAAACUUCCGGGGGUCUAUGACAGCUACAUGCUCAUCAGAGCAGCACCAUCACUCCGAAUAGUGUUUGUCUCUCCCAGACUACGCCGACGAUUCGGGAAUAUCGUCCAGCAUCCUUUCCUGGCACACAUUGGGGCAUCACCUGCUACUUUGGCAGGGCUCAGGGACAGCUUCGGAACUGGCACUCCUGUUUCAGCCAAGGUCAACUUUAUGGUCACGGCUGGUGAACGCCGUGAUGGCAUCACUGUACCUGUCGGAUCCAAGCCAGGGAAUCUAGGCCACCAUCGAGUCUCAUGGAUCUCUGCGACACCAUUAAUUGGGAGCGAUGGUAAAGUUGGUGUCUGGAUGAUUGUUGUUGUCGAAAGGACCAGGAUACCGAAAGACCUAAAGGAUAAUGGUGUGAGAGGGAGCACGACUACCAUACAACCACUUACCACGAAUCGGCUGGAGAUGUUGGAUAUUCAGACACGAGAUAUGCCUGACAAUGUGCAGCAGAUAUUACCCCAAAGGUCCCGGCGAAGGGUCCAGCAGAUUGAAGACAUGCCGAUAAAGCCGAAGAGGUUAGUUGAGGAAACAAAUGGGACCACCUCCGUACAGCAACAACAACAACAACAACAGCAGCAGCAGCAGCCACAACAGCAACAACCUAUUCAGGUCCCGUAUCAGAAACUUAGGAUUGAUGACGAUGAGCUUCAAGCAGCAAACAAUACGGCUAUGGAGCAUGUUGAGGUUGUGACUCCACCCCGACCCGAAAACGAGCAAAAUGUCGCCGACGUUGAAACCGUCAAGAUCAAAAACUGUAUUGCUGUUGAAGGCGGCCGACCUGAACCGGAAUUUGCUCCUAUCCCGGUCUCUUCUCCCGAGACGGAAGCUCAUCAACCCCAACAGGUUGCCAUUCAGCCUAGAAAUGAACCAAAGCCUUCUACCCUGAACAUGUCAGAGGUCGACAAUGCACUGCUGCGGUCGUUACCGGCCGCGGAUAAAUUAGACUCUCCAGUGUCACAGCCUCAUUCCCCGACCGACAGCGGAUUCCAAGAAGUGCCAAAGCACUCUCACUAUUCUUCGGAGGACGAUGAUACCCCCAGACGGCCACAGCGCCCAGGGUUUCUAGAGUUUACCCCGACACAGUCGCGGCCUGGAACCAGUGGACAUGAUGGAGGCAAAUCGCACGGCAAGCACUACAUGGAUUACAUCCGACACCCAGGAAGCAGGCCGUCGUCCGAUUACAAUCUGGUGAUGUCUAGCGGUAUGCUCUCGUCCAUGUACCACGAGUAUCAUGACAUUGCGGAGAAGGAUGAACAGGGCGAUGAAGACGAAGAAGACGAAGAAUGCGCUCGUACCCCAUAUAGCGUUGACUAG